AAAGGACAGAUGAACAGACGACCCACAAUCCUUUGCAUAAACUUCAUUUGAAGCGACUCACCUGUUGACCGCUCAUUAGAACCAGCAAUCGCUUUAACGGUCAUGGCGGUCUCUCAGAUCACUCCCACCCUGUUCCUUGGUGGGGCCGACGCCCCCCUCAAUGCCUCUCUGAUGUCACAGAAGGGCAUCACACUGAUCGUCAACGCCACCAUCACCCAUGUUAGCCCUGCCUACCCAGGGGUGGAAUGUCUACGGGUUCCAGUUUCUGACCUGCCCAGCGCCCGCCUUGGAGACCACUUUGAUCGUGUGGCAGAGCGUAUCCACGGUAAUCAUUGCGGUGGUACGCUGGUGCACUGUGCGGCAGGAAUGAGCCGCUCCCCGGCGCUGGUCAUGGCAUACCUGAUGCGUUUCCGCGGUGUGACGCUGAGCCAGGCACACCGCUGGGUGAAGGACAGCCGGCCGUACGUCCGCCUGAACGCCGGAUUCUGGGAGCAGCUGCUGCAGUACGAGAGGAAGCUGUAUGGGAAGAACACAGUCAGGGUGGCGACGGUCCAGGAAACACCCCCUCCACCAACGCCAAAGCUCACACCAAGGACUCAGAGGUGGACCAUGCCAACACUGAUGCACACCAGCAGGUUAACUCAGGUUCAGAGGUCACCUGUGAUGGGCAGGGCAUCUCUGACAACAAACUCACAAACAACGACCCCAAAAAACCAACGAAGAAGAGGAAGUAGAGUCAGCAGCUUCACAGUCUGAGCAUUAAAGCCUACAACACCCACAAUCCACCUGGACUCCUGAAUAAUAGACUACAAUACCCACAAUCCACCUGGACCCCUGAGUGAUAAGGACUACAAUACCCACAAUCCACCUGGACCCCUGAGUGAUAAAGACUACAGUAUCCACAAUCCACCUGGACCACUGAGUGAAAAAGAUUAUAGUACCCACAAUCCAGCUGGACCACUGUGUAAUAGACUACAAUACCCACAAUCCACCUGGACCCCUGAGGGAUAAGGACUACAGUACCCACAAUCCACCUGGACCCCUGAGUAAUAGACUACAAUACACACAAUCCACCCGGACCACUGAGUGAUAAAGACUACAGUACCCACAAUCCACCUGGACCCCUGAGUAAUAGACUACUUUACCUACAAUCUACCUGGACCCCUAAGGGAUAAGGACUACAAUACCCACAAUCCACCUGGACCCCUGAGUGAUAAACACUACAGUAUCCACAAUCCACCUGGACCACUGAGUGAAAAAGAUUAUAGUACCCACAAUCCAGCUGGACCACUGUGUAAUAGACUACAAUACCCACAAUCCACCUGGACCCCUGAGGGAUAAGGACUACAGUACCCACAAUCCACCUGGACCCCUGAGUAAUAGACUACAAUACAUACAAUCCACCCGGACCACUGAGUGAUAAAGACUACAGUACCCACAAUCCACCUGGACCCCUGAGUAAAAAAGACUACUGUACCCACAAUCCACCUGGACCCCUGAGGGAUAAGGACUACAGUACCCACAAUCCACCUGGACCACUGAGUAAAAAAGACUACUUUACCUACAAUCUACCUGGACCCCUGAGUGAUAAAGACUACAGUACCCACAAUCCACCUGGACCCCUGAGUAA